CAUUACACACCAGCCUUUUGUGGACCACAAUUUUACUCUUUUAUGACUACCAGAGCAACCAUUUUUUUGUACACAGUUCAUUUUUCAAUGGCAACUCUGCACUCUCUUGCAUUGUCCUCUCCGCUUUCCAACUCAAUUCAGAAGCCACGCUUAUACUCAGUCCCAUCUUCAAUUGUCCAAAGAAGCUCCAACUCCUCAUUUAAUGGUCAACAUUUACACCUUCCACAUUUGAGGUUACCUAAGCUAACACAAAACACUGCGAUGCACACGCCUGUUAUCAUGAUGGUGAAACCAGCAAUUCAGUUCAUUCAAGGAAAUGAUGAACUAACAAUACCGGAUGUGAGGCUGACAAAAUCAAGGGAUGGAACAAACGGCAUGGCGAUCUUCAAGUUCGAACAACCCUCGGUCUUUGACGCUUCUGGAGAAGUAGGUGAUAUCACUGGUUUGUACAUGAUUGAUGAGGAAGGAGUCCUUCAGUCCACUGAUGUAAGUGCUAAAUUUAUCAAUGGAAAGCCCUCAAUAAUUGAAGCCAAGUACAUAAUGCGGACGCCACGGGAGUGGGAUAGAUUCAUGAGAUUCAUGGAGCGGUACUCGAAUGCAAAUGGUUUGCAAUUCAUAAAGAAAUGAGUUGAUGUACUAACUUUUCCCUUCUAUUCUUUUUUCCUCUGUCAAGAAGUUUGAUUUCUGUAAUAUAGUUAGAUGGAACUUGAGUGAAAUGCAAAAUUGGCGGACUCAUAACUUCAAUUCAAGUCCACAUAUCCCUAUUGACAACCAUUUUUGUUUUAUAAAAUGGUCAUUGUCUUGCGGCUGAUUAGUUUUCAUGUGACUGUUUUUAUAUAAAAGAGUUGGAAAGCUUGUUGGAAAGCUUGUUGUUUUCAA